AUGCCCCCGAGCCCUCCCGGCCUGCUCCGGCUCAGCUCGGUCCAUCGGGCGGGGACAGAGAAGGGAGAUGGAGUCGAACCUCCGGAGCCUCGGGUCCACGUCCUGGGUGCUUUACAAAACCGGGGCGGAACAGCGGGAUCCCGGGACAGAAAGAGGAGGUUCCGACCAGGGAUUUCCCCCGUAUCCAGGGGUGUGCUCUGCCGAACGCGGCCCACGGACUUGGUGUUCAUCGUGGACAGCUCCCGCAGCGUGCGGCCGCACGAGUUUGAGAAGGUCAAGGUCUUCCUGACUCAGGUCAUCGAGUCACUGGACGUGGGACCCAACGCCACGCGGGUCGGCGUGGUGAACUACGCCAGCGCCGUCAAGCAUGAGUUUCCACUGAAGGCUCACCGCUCCAAGGCCAGCCUGCUGCAGGCUGUGCGCCGGCUAGAGCCGCUCUCCACAGGCACCAUGACCGGCUUGGCCAUCCAGUUCGCCAUCAGCAGGGCCUUCAGCGAGGUCGAGGGGGCCAGGCCCCUCUCCCCGGCCCUCAGCAAGGUGGCCAUCGUGGUGACGGACGGGCGGCCGCAGGACGACGUGAAAGACGUGUCGGCCCGGGCCCGCGAGGCCGGCAUCGAGCUGUUCGCCAUCGGCGUGGGCCGCGUAGACAAGACCACGCUCCGACGCAUCGCCAGCGAGCCCCUGGCCGAGCACGUGGACUACGUGGAGAGCUACAGCGUCAUCGAGAAACUGGCCAAGAAAUUCCAGGAGGCCUUCUGCGCCGUGUCGGACCUGUGCGCCACGGGAGACCACGAUUGCGAGCAGAUCUGUCUCAGUUCUCCUGGAUCCUACAAGUGCGCUUGCAAGGAGGGUUUCACCCUCAACAGUGACGGCAAGACCUGCAACGCGUGCAGCGCGGGCAGCGGCUCCUCGGCCACCGACCUCGUGUUCCUGAUCGACGGGUCGAAGAGCGUGCGUCCAGAGAACUUCGAGCUGGUGAAGAAGUUCAUCAACCAGAUCGUCGACUCGCUGGAUGUGUCCGAGCAGAACGCCCAGGUGGGGCUGGUGCAGUAUUCGAGCUCGGUCCGCCAGGAGUUCCCGCUCGGCCGCUUUACCUCCAAGAGGGACAUCAAGGCGGCCGUGAAGAAGAUGACCUACAUGGAGAAGGGCACCAUGACGGGCACCGCCCUCAACUACCUCAUCGACAACACCUUCGCCAUCUCCAGCGGCGCAAGGCCCGGCGCUCAGAAGGUGGGCAUCGUCUUCACGGACGGCCGAUCCCAGGACUACAUCAGCGAUGCCGCCAAGAAAGCCAAGGACCUAGGGUUCAAGAUGUUUGCCGUCGGGGUAGGCAACGCGGUAGAGGAUGAGCUGCGGGAGAUUGCGUCCGACCCAGUGGCUGAACACUAUUUCUACACGGCUGACUUCAAAACCAUUAACCAGAUUGGCAAGAAACUGCAGAAGAAAAUCUGUGUGGAGGAAGAUCCUUGUGCAUGUGAUUCAGUGGUCAAGUUCCGGACCAAAGUGGAGGAUCUCCUUCAAGCCCUGACCCGGAAAUUGGAUGCUGUGACCAAGCGGCUGGCAGUGCUGGAGAACAAAGUCAUCUAACUCCAUUCGGGCCUCCUUCUUGACCUCCACAUCCUCCUCGUCCUCGUCCCUGCCCUCCCCCUCCCACUUCCCGGGGCCAGGCACACGCCUCGAGGCCUCACCCCUGCAGCUCUGCGCCAGCUUCUAUAGCCAAGAGCCUAGUGUAGCCACGCCAUCCAUGAAGGGGGUACAUGGGUGGGAGGGGACCCAGUGCCAUUGCUGUAAGGGGGACCUCCCCCAACAUGUGUGUGCACGAGUGCGAGGCUGUGUAUGUGCACAUGUGUGUUGUGUCAUUCUCUGUGUGUCCAUCUUCCCACCAUUUCAAUCCAAAGUGUAAUAUAUUUGACCAGUCUCCAUCUUGUAUCCCUUGCCCUUGGAAAUUCUACCCUGCCUUGGGAAUUCAUAUGAGGAUGAAUCUGGGGCAUGGGACUGCCGCUGGAGGUGGGAGUCUAUGUUUCCAACAUCUGGCCCCAGACCCCUGACUUCUAGGAUCUGGCCCAUGUGGAUCAGGUCUGCUGCCUCUCCCAUCCACCCAAUCCCCUUUAGGGGCUCCCUCGCUCUGUAUGUGCAUGUGUGUGUGUGCACAUGUGUGCCUCUACGUGUGUGUAUGUUGAGCCAGGCCCAGCACUCAAGAGGGUAGGUGAGAAGAGGGCCCUAUGUCCCCUGGGCCUCCUGGGCAGUGCUUCCUCCCGUCUGCCCACCCGUUUGUCACCAAAACCCCUCCCGCCCCUGCAGAAUGUGAGUGUGAUUGAUUUGGGGUUCCUUCGGGUCACAAGAUAUUUAUACUUGGGAGCUCAGAAAUGGCUUUUCAGACUCAUUCCAGCUGCCCCGUGUCGCCCGGAGUCUGUGGGACUGGAUCCAAUAAAAGUUGAUUGAAAACAUU